AUGGAAGAGUGGACUUCCCUGAAGCAGGAAGAGGAAAAUCAAGAACCAAGUGAAGCAGGGCAGCCAUGGGAAGAAAUGACAGCAACUUCCCCUCAAGAUCAGGAGCCUAAGCCAUCUGAACCUGUGGAGUCAGAGCAGGGACCUGAAACAGAAAGCCUGCCUUGCAGCCCCCAGGCCAGCACGUCUGCGAAUGACCUCACAGCACCAGCUGCGUCACCUGCCCCAGCCUCUCCUCAGGAGUCCUCCUCCAGUCCUCCAUCCCUAGAUGUACCCAGGCAGGACCUUGUCACGCCUUCACCAUCAGACAAGACCAUGAGUGUAAUUUCUGAAACUGGGACACCUCACUCUAAUCAUUUGGAGCAACCGAAUGAGAAGGAAGAAUCAACUUCUCUUCAAACAAAGGAAUUAGAGGGGAAAGCCAUUCAACAGUCUCAGCAACCCAAACCUCACUUACAUGGGCCAGGGCCUGCGAGCUAUAACACGUCUAAAGAAAAAGAGCUGAGAUUUGAUAUUGUCAAGGAGGAAGAGUCAAACAGUAACCAUGAUCUGCAUCACGCUGAGCCUGAGGUCUCUGAAGCAGCCCCCAGCAUGCUUGAGAUUGCUGUUCAGAAUGCUAAGGCUUACCUACUGAAGACCAGCAGCAAGUCCGGCUUAAAUCUAUAUGAUCAUCUUUCUAAUGUGCUGACCAAGAUCUUAAAUGAGCGUCCUGAAAAUGCCGUUGAAAUCAUUGAAAAUAUUAGCCAAGAUGUGAAGAUGGCACAUUUUAGUAAAAAAUUAGAUACACUCCAAAAUGAGAACGAGAUGCUUCCAACAUAUGAAAUAGCAGAGAAACAAAAGGUUCUUUUUCUCCAGGGAAAUUUGGAAGGCACUGACCAAGAUCUGGAAGAUGAAAUAGCAGAAAACUCCCUUCCAAAUGUAAUGGAGUCAGCUUUCUAUUUUGAACAAGCUGGAGUUUGUUUGGGCACAGAUGAGACUUACCGCAUAUUCCUUGCCUUCAAGCAGCUGACUGACACCCACCCAAUACACAAAUGUCGUUUCUGGGGCAAGAUCCUGGGUCUGGAAAUGAAUUACAUUGUAGCUGAGGUGGAAUUUCGUGAGGGGGAAGAUGAAGAGGAGGUGGAAGAGGAAGAUGUAGCUGAAGAGAAGGAUAAUGGAGAAAGCGAAGCAGAUGAAGAUGAGGAACAUGAUUUACCAAAGUCUUUUUACAAGGUUCCACAGGCUGUACCAAAAGAAGAAAGCAGAACAGGCGCCAACAAAUACGUCUAUUUUGUUUGCAGUGAACCUGGAAGACCAUGGGUUAAGUUACCAUCAGUUACACCAGUACAAAUUGUUACUGCAAGAAAAAUCAAGAAAUAUUUUACUGGACGAUUAGACGCUCCUGUCAUAAGUUACCCACCUUUCCCAGGAAAUGAGAGCAAUUACUUAAGAGCACAAAUAGCUAGAAUUUCUGCAGGGACCCAAGUCAGCCCUCUAGGAUUCUAUCAGUUUGGAGAGGAAGAAGGCGAAGAGGAGGAAGAGGUAGAAGGUGGGCGAGAGAGUUUUGAGGAAAACCCCGAUUUUGAAGGCAUCUCAGUGCUUGACCUAGUGGAAUCCCUCUCCAAUUGGGUUCAUCAUGUGCAAUAUAUUCUCCCUCAGGGUCGCUGUAAUUGGUUCAACCCCAUCCAAAAAAGUGAAGAAGAAGAAGAGGAAGAGGAUGAAGAAAAAGAAGAAGUGGAAAAAGGAGAAGAACCUGACUACAUAGAACCGGAAGUGGGGCCUCCACUUUUGACACCAAUUUCUGAAGAUUUGGAGAUUCAGAAUAUACCUCCAUGGACAGCACGGCUAUCCUCAAAUCUCAUUCCUCAAUAUGCUAUUGCAGUUCUUCGAUCUAACCUUUGGCCUGGAGCAUAUGCCUUUUCUAAUGGCAAAAAGUUUGAAAAUUUCUACAUAGGCUGGGGUCAUAAAUAUAGUCCAGACAACUAUACACCACCGCUUCCACCACCAGCUUAUCAAGAGUAUCCCAGUGGACCAGAAAUUACAGAAAUAGAUGACCCAAGUGUGGAAGAGGAACAAGUUUUCAGGGCUGCACAAGAAGCUGCUAUCCUUGCAGCUGAGAAAAAUGAAGAAACUGAAGAUGAAGAUGAGGAUGAGGAUGAUGAUUAACAAAAAUUAGUCCAGUGUCUUAUGUGGUACUGACACACACAC